AUCUCCAUCAUUCGAAACACAAUAGAUUCGAUGACAGCUGACAGACCGUAUUGUAAUAACAGAUCCAAUCGCAACAUUUAUUUUGAAAAUGAAAUUAUUUACGGGAAGAACAUAACAUAGUCGCUGUAUUGAAUUUUUUAAUUUUUUUAAAAUCAAAAUGAUUAUUAGACGACCCAUCCACAUAAAUAUAACGUCAGCAAUUUUACUCAUAGUUUUAAAUGGAGUGCACUAUUCGAAUAUGGCGAUAAAUCAUAUGGAAGUCUCUUCGAAAACGGAAAACCAGAAGAACACAACUAACGUCGAUUUCAUCACAAACAAACAAAAAUCGCAAUUGUCCGAUGUAUCGUUGUGUUCGACGGGAGGAAACUGUAGCGAAUUGCCUGCCGCAUGCAUCACAUGCAAUUUCAAUUAUUCAUGCAUUUAUGGACAAAUGCAAUCGGUGACAUGCGAUGCUCGACCUAAUGUUCAGUGUCACGGCGAACGCGAAUUCAAACGUAGUCUACUCUGCCGAUAUUGUUGGCAAACCGAAUCGUGGGAGCACAGUUGCGUCUUAAAAGAUAAUUGCAAUUCCAUCAAUUCGUAUUACUUCACAAACUGUUCGGUAUGGUCAGACCUACUGUGUCUAGGAAAUCGAAAAUUUCAAAAGAGACUGCGAUGUAAUUGGACUCAGGGUUACAAGUGGUCCACCGCAUUAAUUAUAAGUAUUACGUUGGGUGGAUUUGGAGCUGAUAGAUUUUAUCUGGGUCAUUGGCAAGAAGGCAUAGGAAAAUUGUUUAGUUUCGGCGGAUUGGGCGUUUGGACAUUGAUUGAUGUUACGUUGAUAUCAUUGCAUUAUUUGGGUCCAGCCGAUGGCUCCCUAUUUAUUUAGAUGAAUUUUUUCAGAUUUUUUUUUCUUUCUUAAAUGUACUGAGUGAUGCGAUAUAAUAUCAUGUUACAUACAUCAUAUUAAGUACAGCAAAAGUAAUCGUUUUUUUAGAGCUACGAAAAAUGUGAUAAAAAUAUACAAGAGAAUGA